GACCCCCUCAUCUCUGCAGCCUGACUGAAUGAAACCAUUUAGGACUAAAUGACUUUAAAAACAGUUCUUUAUUUCUUCGUUUUUCGAUCUCGGAUAAAUAUAUGCUGCAUCUACUGGAUAUAGCACCAGCCGUUUGACGAACACCGAGCCAAUGGCGUUUGAAUGAGGUGAACAAGGAGCUGACGAGCUAACUGCUGUUAGCUUUGUGUUGCAAACAGCUGCUGGAGAUUCAGGUCAUUUUAUCAGAAUGUACGUUCUUUACACAAUAUUGGCCUCUUUAGUUACCUUUUUUGUGAUGAAAUGGUUAAAGAAGAGGCGAUAUUGCACUGAUCCAAAACGGCUGGAUGGGAAAACGGUCGUUAUUACAGGGGGUAAUGCUGGCAUCGGCAAGGAGACGGCUGUUGCCAUGGCGAUGCGAGGAGCCCGCGUGAUCAUCGCCUGCAGGGACCUGGACAAGGCCGAGAAGGCGGUCCGGGAGAUCAAGUUGAAGAGCCGCAGCCUGGCUGUGCUGCACAUGGAGCUGGACCUGGCAAACCUGCGCUCGGUCCGGGAGUUCUGCAAGAGCUUCCUGCAGAAGGAGAAGCGGCUGGACAUCCUGAUCAACAACGCAGCCAUGCCCAGCGUGCUGGACUGGACCGACGACAGCUUCAGCAUGUGCUUUGGCGUCAACCACCUGGGCCACUUCCUCCUGACCAACCUGCUGCUCCCCCGCCUGAAAGAGUGCGCCCCCAGCCGGGUGGUGACCCUGACCUGCUCCACCUACAAGUACCAGAAGCUGGACUUCCAGGACCUCAACUACAACCUGCUGCCCUUUUUCACGUACAGCCGCAGCAAGCUGGCCAACAUCUACUUCAGCCAGGAGCUGGGGCGCAUCGCAGAGGGCCGAGGAGUCACGACCUACGCCGUCCACCCUGGCUUCGUGCAGAGCUCCUGGACGUGCCACUAUUCUUUCCUGUUCCGGAUGCUGAUGCAGGUCAUCAUGUGGAUGUUCUUCGUGUCGUCCGAGGUCGGCGCUCAGACGGUCAUCUACUGCGCCGUGUCGGACGAAGCUGCCAAGCACAGCGGUGGCUACUUUGUGGACUGCAGACCAGCCACGUUGCGACCGUUCGCGAGAGACGCCGGGGUGGCCAAAAAGCUGUGGGAGGCCAGCGAGAGACUGGUGAAACUGGCCUGAGUGUUAUUUAUUGUACACAGAUCUGUGCAGCUACUCUUUAUUGCUAUCAUUUAUCAAUGAAGUCUUUGUAAGUUAUGAAUCAUGUUUGAAGAAAUAAAGGCUUCAUAAUGUAGUCAUAGGGUUGUGUAAAUCUGCACACAAGGAGGGAAAUAUUUGUCUCACAUGUUGAAUGACACCUCUUCACCCGAUUGAAACAACAAAAGAAUGUUUCUAUUUAAACUGCCAUUUUUAUUGAUAACACCUUAACACAUUGUCUUGAAGUUCAACACGUGUAAGAGAACAGAGCAAGAAUCAACCAGAGCUUAAAGACUGUAUUAUAUUACAGAAGAAACCCAAACGGACAAAAACAAAAAAACAGGACGGGAAAGAGCAGAAACCAAAGCUAACGGACGGAGGAAAGGAGCCACUGGUGCUGUCAGUGCAGGACGGUGCUACGUUUGAUGGCGCUAUUUCCAAAUGAUUAAAACUGUCAGGAGAAACCCACAUGUAGCGUUUGCUUGGGUCGUUUAUACACCAAUUUUGUG